UAUGUAGACAGCUCGGGUACAUUGCGCCUGAAUUAUGUAGUGUUACCCGGAUAUAGAAUACCGUGUGUUUUGCUUCAAUCCGUGACUCGCUACUACGCAUUUACAGUCUACAACAUGCACCCGAGGAUGGCGCUAUCGACUAUUUGUGGAGUGGUUUUAGUCUCUGCUAUAUUGCCAGCUGUAAGCUCAGUACAAACCUCAACCACAACUGGUCCGACGACAACAACAUCCAGCGUUUGUGGUACAAUCUCCCUCUCGGCAUCUGAAACGCCGAAGCUGCUGAGCUCGUCUCACUAUCCACUGAAUCUCCAGGAGGGAUGGAUCUGUUCAUGGACAAUUGAAGCAAAGGAGACUGAAAAAGUCAGAGUAACCGUCCUUGCCUGUGAUAAAUCAAGCUAUGGGGACCAAUUGGCGGUAUUUGAUGGAGCUGGCCCUCGUGAUUAUAGGAUGGGAGAUGUUUGUGCUGGGAAGAAAAAACUGGAAACGUUUACCAGUAUAGGCAGAUAUAUGAGGAUUGAGUUCAACACAAGCAACAAGGGGAUGUUCGAGCUGCGGUACACCAGUGGGAACUAUCAUGUGCAUCGUCAUGAGGAAAUAUCCGAUGAUAAUUACAGCAGAAGUGUCAUAUCCCCGCUCAGGCAAACCCGCCGCGAGAAUAUUAGAAAUGUUGACUUGUCUUGGAGAUUACGUACCACAGCAACGAUCAUUGAUCUCAGUAUGAAUUUGUCCAGCUUCCAGAACUCUGAGGGAUGUGUAACAGACUAUAUUGAAGUGUUUGAUGGUUACCAUGUUUCCGAUCCGUCUCUUGGAAAGUGGUGCCGAGGUGAAGAUGUCUCUGUAUCCAGCUCUGGGAAGUACCUGUACGUCAAGUUUCACUCUGAUGUCAAUUCUCCUGGGUCUACAUUUGAGAUAGCAUACGGCUUUCUCUUCGUAUGUGCCUUUCCCGUCAUGGUCAACCGUCACCCGAUGAUGUUUGGGGUUAUCGCCGGUGUUCUGACACUGGCUGUCCUCAUCCUUGUCUGUGUGUGCGUUCUUCGUAGCCGGAAGAGACGCCGAAGUCAGGCUUCAGCUGAAAAGGGCAACGCGAAAGGCAGUGACAAAGCCUCCGAGUUGAAAGGGCCAUGUGUUUCAGCAGGUUCACCUGGGCUGCCACCAUCCUACGACCACGCCGUUGCCUCCGGUCCUCCAACUUACCAAAGCCUGGGGCUUAAUCCCGAUGACAAGGUUGUCGUAUAAGUCGAUAAGUUACAACAUCUGGGUUCCAAUCAACAAGGCGUUCGUUACGUUACGACCUAUCGUAACUCCUUACUAUAUCACCGGCUUAAGACUGGCGUAGUGCUACGAACGCUUAAGUACACCCUUGUACAAACCUGAUAGGAAAGCCCGAAAGACAGGUAUGAACCCAGAUGAAAUAUUGUGGCAAAACCCUUCGCCUCAUGAAAUAUUUUUCAACUUUAUGUAAAAUAUUUUUCACCCGACUAUUAAUAUAUUUUUUCCUUGUAUUUAGAUGAUGGUUAUUUGGUUCCAUUUGUUUAAAUGUAUCUUUCCCUCAAGAUUUGAUAACAUUGAGAAACAUGUUUUCCUUAUUGGCUGUAACCAGUAUAUGUAAAUAUUGCUUGCUAGUACCCUGAAUAACGACCUUGAAAAUGAUAUUAUUAUUAUGUCAACUUGACUUGAUAAUUAAAAGAGUUUCAAUGACACAUCUUUAUGGUUAGAGAAUCAUUCACCAGAAAAGAGAUUUACUAUCACUUUCGAAAUGUUUUUGUUUCGUUUUCUGUUGGUGCUCUUUCCCUGUUUGAUUCCAAUGUUUGUAUAUAUUACCGAAGCACUCAUACAUUGUAUUGCUGUUUUUGGUUUUACUUAUUUAUUUUAUAGAACUAAACCUCUUUGAUAA